CUCACCGCAGCCGCAACAACACACGAAAUAGCAGCCGGCCUCCACGGCCUUACCUACACCCCCAACACGACCUUCGCGUCUAUUGGCGACACCGUGACAUUUACCUUCUACCCCUAUUCCCACAACGUCGUCCAAGGCCCCUUCUCCGCGCCCUGUACCUCCGGGAACAAUACUGGGAUAUACUCCAGCUUUAUUCCUUCGUCUUCUGGUCCCUCUAACCUAACCUUCUCCAUCACAAUCGAAGACACAAAUCCCAUCUGGUUCUACUGCUCCCAAAAGGCAGGCGGAGGACACUGCACCAAGGGAAUGGUAGGCGUUAUCAACCCACCACCCGAGGGGACCAAUAUCACGCUGGAGAACUACGCGCUUGGUGCCGCGAAAGUGGCGAAUGGGAGUUAUACGCAGCCGGGGGAUGUACAGGGUGGGGUU